AUGUAUUCUUCCAAACAAAAUGCUCCAAACCAAAAUGUUAACAACGCCUACGUACUUUUCGGCUACGAUCCAUCAUCACCACCACCUUACCGGUCACAAAUAGAUGGUGUUCCUAGAUAUUAUUCACAAUUCCAAAUACCCCAACAAUUCCAUUUCCAAUAUCAACCUCAUACCCAACUAUCUCAAACCCAAUUUCCAUCCCAACCGCCAUUCACACCUUCAACCGAACACGUAGAACACGAAGAACAACAACAACAACCUCAACAACAAAAGAAAGGGAAGGUUGAUCCGAGAAGAUGGAUACAAAAAGAAGAAGUUGAGUUAGCAAGGGAAUGGUUCGACAUAUCUGAAGAUGGUGGCACGGGAAAGGGUCAAACUCGUGAUCAAUUUUGGUUACAUAUAACUAAGCGCUUUUGUAGGGGAAUGGGUCGAAAUCCAGAUUAUCGGACCUCCGACCAAUGUAACUCCAAAUGGAAUCUUAUGAACAAAUUCGUCACACAUUGUAAUGGAAUUUACACAAACUUUGAGAAGCAUUGGGCUAGCAGAGAAAGUGAUGCGAGUUUGUUGAAAAAAACACACGCUACAUUCCAAGAUGAUAUGCAAAAGUCUUUUAAGUUUAUUAAUGUGUGGGAAGUUGUCAAAAGAAGCAUUAGGUGGAGGGAACUUGCAACACAUGAAGAAAUUGCAAAUCCGCCAAAAAGAAGCCGGACAUCUUCAUAUUCGAGCUCGCAACAAGUCUCAUCGGAUGGUCACGUAGGCGUUAAUCUUAAUGAUGAUAAUGACGACAUUGAAUAA